UGUAAAGAUCAGGACGCAGCAAUGGCAACCGGAUACCAGCUCCCGUCACUGACAACAGUGGUCUGCGGGAUAUUUGUGGCUUACGUCUUACAUUCCAUUUGGACGUUGGGGCAGCUCUUCAUCCCUCCGGAAUGUCCGGAAUAUUACCAGUGUCUGCAUCCAGUCAUCGCUCAAAAUCCAAAGUUACAGUUCUUUGCAUUCUCGUCGCAGAAGAAGAGCCCAGAGUAUGCAAAUGACCUCAAGCUGGUGCACCACAUUCCUAACUUCAAGUACAAGAAGGACUUGGAAGAAGUCCUGCAAGUUCCUAUCCCGAGGAAAGUCCGGAAUAACGGGACCAUGUACCUCCACAUGUUUUUGACGUCGUCGAAGGCAGACCCCGAUAAUUGGCAUAGUGUCGUCAAUGACGAGAUGUCAGUCUAUGGCUUCUCACGCCUGACGAAAUAUCACAUUCCCGAAGCAGCCACGUUUAACCUGCUCGGUAAAGAAGAGAAGGGCGGCAGACAGUCGAACCUCCAUCGUCCGGUUACCCACUUCCUAUCACAAUAGUGUUCAACAUUCUCAC